UAUUCUGUGGAUGCACCCUAACCUAACAAUUUCAAAUUCAAAUCUCUAGAAGACUUCGUGUUCUUUCUAGAUUAGUUUUGAAUUUACUUCAAAUAUUCCUGAUGUCUGGUGUAAAUGUUGUGAUUGAGGACCUAUCCACACACCCAAGUUGUGUGCAUGGUCCUACUUUAUUAUUCUCAAAGGAUAUCGAUGGCCACAAAAGGUUUUAUUAUGCCUGUUCCGCAUGUAGAGAUAGAAAAAAAUGUUCAUACUUUGUUUGGCAGGAUGAAGUGGAGAAAUAUGUGAACAAAAAAAUUAAUAAACAAAUAGUGGAACACCAGAAAGUGAUAAAUCACCGUUCGCUGUUCUUGCAGCUGAAUAAGGUGAAAGGUGCACCUGAAGAUCGUAGGUUGUAUUGUAACACUUGUGACUUAUUGGACCUUAAAGAAAAUUCUAAUGUUCACGAAGAUCAUGAUGUGAAGAAUGGUGUUACCGACUAUGAACUAGAACAUCCUUCAGAGUUUCUGAAACCACUUGACGAUUCAAAGAAAGAGGCACAGUAUCUCUUCACAGAGAAAUGUGUGACACGUAUUAUAGAAAUGUUACAAUUUCUAGGCAAGAAGAAUGUUAUAUGUAUUGGCACCCCAAGGAUAUUUGAAUACAUCAACAGCAAUAUGUCACUUGGAAUGAAUGCAAUUUUACUUGAUUUCGAUUCUAGAUAUCAUUCAUUUUUUGGACCAUUACAAUUUUCUUGGUUCAAUAUGUUCAACAAUCAUUUUUUCAAGCAGGAUGGAAAAGAAGUAUUCAGAGAUUUUUUGAAAUCAACAAAUGUUUCAGAUACAAUUUUAUUAACUGAUCCACCAUUUGGUGGAAGGGUUGAACCAAUUUCUGAUACGUUCAACAAAAUGAAUGAUCAAUUCAAGAAAGUCCAUAAAACAGAUGGGGACUUGCCUAUCUUCUGGAUAUUUCCAUAUUUUAUGGAACCACAUAUUCUGAAUUCGAUGAAUAAUUUUGCCAUGCUGGAUUACAAAGUUGAUUACGAUAAUCACCCAUUAUUUCAACAAGGAAAAGGUGGAAGAAAAUUCGGCUCCCCAGUCAGAAUAUUCACAAAUUUAGAACCAAGUUCGAUAACUCUUCCUGUAGAAGAAGGUUACAAGUAUUGUAGUAUAUGUGAAAAAUGGGUCGCAGAAGAAAACAAGCAUUGCGAGGAAUGCAAUUCUUGUACUUCUAAAGAUGGUCGUACAUAUGUCCAUUGCGCUUUAUGCGAUAAGUGUGUUAAACCAACUUGGAAACAUUGUAAAAAGUGCAGGAAGUGUGCAAUUGAGACGCAUAAAUGUGGACAGCUGCCGUUUACUAAGGAUUGUUUACACUGCAAGAAACCAGGACACAAGAAAGUAGACUGUCCAGAACUGAACCAAAAUGGAGUUACUACUAAAAGAAUAUCAGAGGUGGAACAAGAACAUGAGGAAGAAGAAAGUUUGGAACCAACCCAGAAGAAAGUUUCAAAGAAAAGGAAAUUAGAGAUGAAACAAAAACGCGAGGAAGAAGACUGUUCAGAACAGAGCCAAAAGAAAGUUACAAAGAAAAGGAAAUUGGAGGCAGAACAAGAACAUAAGGAAGAGGACUGUUUAGAACAGGGCCAAAAGAAAGCUACAAAGAAAAGGAAAUUUGAAUUGAAAUCAGAACACAAGAAAGAAGACUGCUUAGAGCUGAAUCAAAAUGGAGUUACAAAGAAAAAUAAAUCUGGGUUGAAACAAGAACAAAAGGAAGAACAUUGUUCAGUAAAGAACCAAAAGAAAAUUACAAAGAAAAAUAAAUCAGAGUUGAAACAAGAACAGAAGGAAACGGAAUGUGCAGAAAAGAGCCAAAAGAAAAUUACAAAGAAAAAGAAGUCAGAAUUGAAACAAGAGCAGAAGGAAGAAGGUUCAGAACAGAACCAAAAAAAAGUUUCAGAGAAAAGGAAAUUGGAAGUGGAAGAGGAAUGUUCAGAACAGGGCCAAAAGAAAGCUUCAAAGAAAAGGAAAUUUGAGGUAAAACCAAAUCACAAGAAAGAAGACUGCUCAGAGCUGAAUCAAAAUGGAGUUACAAAGAAAAAUAAAUCAGGGUUGAAACAAGAACAAAAAGAAGCAUGUUCAGUAAAGAACCAAAAGAAAAUUACAAAGAAAAAUAAAUCAGAGUUGAAACAAGAACAGAAGAAAGAAGAAUGUGCAGAAAAGAACCAAAAAAAAAUUACAAAGAAAAAUAAAUCAGACUUGAAACAAGAACAGAAGGAAGAAGAAGGUUCAGAACGGGAUCAAAAGGAAGUUACAGAGAAAAGAAAAUUGGAGGUGAAACCAGGACAUAAGAAAGUAAACGGUUUAGAAAAGAACCAAAAGGAAUUCACAGAGAAAAGAAAAUCACAGGUGAAACCAGGAAAGAAAACAAAGAAGUUGAAAAAACAAUAAAAAAAUUCAUAUAAUGUUUUCUGCAAUCAAUGUACACUUUUGAAUUUUUAUAUAUCAAAACAAUUAUAAAUAAAUGUAUAUACAAAGUGUUA